CGCCUCACGUUUGCUAUCCGCCAAUACAAAUUUAAAGAAGGAGAAAUAAAAUGGCGGACAGCCACUAGCUCAAUCCACAUAAAAAUAAUACACAAACAUUUCAAAGCAAGGUAAACAGACUCGAAUAUAUUGUUUACACGCUGUCCUCUUUUUACCAAAUUCAUUUUUUAGCCGGGAAUUUAUCUAGCGUUUAUUGAUGUAUUUAUAAUCAAGCCAACUAUAGAUAGAUAGCUAACAUCAAGUCUACCCGUUAGCAUGCUGUGUUGACGGAGCUAGCUAGCUAGCGGUUGUUCGAGCAUGCCCAUGUUAUUAGGUUGGAGGUAGGUACUGCUUCAUAUCCUCACUCUUAAAUGCACAUAUUUGCUGGCUGAAUUUCUAGCUACCGUGAUGAAUUGCUUGGAUUUUGCCCCUGGGGGGAGUCCCGUGUGUUGGCUUUUGUGUGGAUUCUUGAUAUCUUAUGCUAGCUAGGCUAACUUAAAAAUCGGUAUUUUAGUCACAUUACACGGACUAAUGAUGGUAGCUAAUUUCCCUUAUAGCUAGUACAGCAUUGACGUGGGACAUUAUCAUUAAUAGUGGUCUAUAAUAGUGGUCGUAGAAGCGAGCUGGUCUGUCCUACCUAGUACCUAGUAGGUAAUGCCGCUGUCAUUUUUUUCUGGGAAGGGAAAAGGAGGGAGCUGGUCGAUAUCUGCAUGACGCAAGGAAAAAGGCGCACUUCUAUUGAGAGAACCAACUGAAGACUUAUGAUCUUUUAAGGUUUUUUUUAUUGCAUAUUAUGAGUUUUGUUUUUGUGUCUCCUCCAUUGCUAUAGUCUAGUAUUGCGUAUUUGAAACCGCUAUUUAUGACCACUUGUCAGCCCAAUGUAAACUUAGCUAAUGGUAGCCAUGCAAAUUUAUAGUAACUGAGUUUAAGGCUAGGUUAAUUUAGAAGUCUAUUUGAUUGCCAGCUGAAAUGAUGUAGCUACCUAGUUUGCUAGCUUGAAACAGUUACUGAUGCACUGCUGCUGGUGUGUAUGAAUAAUCUAAACCAGUUAGGAUUUAAAAAAAACAGUAGGGCUGCAAGGUUAAAUUGUUAUUGAUAUAUCUUUAAAUGGUUGGUGUGAUUAGCGUGGCUACUUUGUAAAUAUGCAUUAAUUAGGCAAUUUGCCUUUAUCUGCUAUUCAUUUUAAUGUCCUGGCUGCAUGCAUUUUUAUAAACAAUGGAUUUGUGAGUAGCUGUUGACUGCUGUGUCUUGAUGCUAAACAAAUCUAGUCUACUUUGAGGACCAAUAUAAUAUCAGCCACGUGUUUGUCUGACUUAAUCACCUGUGUGUCUAGCCAACUGGUAAUUAACCUAGGCUCAGGGUUAAGGGCCAAAGCCCCUCAAGUCAAGGAUAGCCAGCCAGACAUCCCCAGCCUGGUCAUCAUAGUAAAUAGGAAUUUGUUCUUAACUGACUUGCCUUGUUAAAUAAAGGUUCAAUUAAAUUCAUUCACAGAUCAUUUUUAAGAUCCAAAAUAGAUGGUCACCUCUUGAAAUUAAUACCCUAUAUUGGCUAUAAUGUUACCCAUUCUGUUUCUCCAGUCUGGAUCCUCUUGUUUUGUCAAUACCCCAACAGGGAUGAGUUUUCUGUUUCUACAGUGAGCCCUGAGUGUGUUUGGGUGGGUGACUGAGGUCUGCUGACAGCUGGGGCCACCUCUUUGUUGUACCCUGUCGUCUGCCUCCAACGCCGACCCCCUGCCUGGCCGACAGAAGGGGAGAGUGUUCAGAGCGAAUCCGUGGGAAAGUCAACCUGAGCAUCCACAGAUACUUAUGCCUGCCCAUACCAUAGCCUCACCGCUACCAUGGGGCACUCUGUUUCACAACUUUGACAUCAGUAAACUGCUCACCCACACGGCGGAAUACACGUGGCCUGCGGUUGAGGCUGGUUGGACGUACUGCAAGCUUCUUGAUAUGCCACACCUGUCAGGUGGAUGGAUUAUCUUGGCAAAGGAGAAAUGCUCACUAACAGGGAUAUAAACAAAUUUGUCCAUUACAUUUUAGAGAAAUAAGCUUUUUGUGCGUAUGGAUCAUUUCUGGGGUUCUUUUAUUUACGCUCAUGAAACACGGGACCAACACUUUACAAGUUGCAUUUAUAUUUAUGUUCAGUAUACAUGUCAUGUCUCAUAAUCGAUAUCUAUCUUACCUCCUAUAAUGUUUUAUCUCCUCUGGAUUUGAGAAGAAAGAUAAGUUCAACAGUGAACCUGUCAGUUUGCCUUAGUUCUCGCACAGCAAUGCUAUUUUCCAGAUUUUUGACCACAUUUCUUCUCUAGCCUCUGUUGAGUCACCCUAAUCUUGGCCAACAUACAAGAGUAAGAACUCCAAUAAACUUUUCAUGGAUUAUGAUAGAGACAUGCGGUUUGGACCAUUGGCUUUCUUAGAGGAGUAAAAUACCCGUUGGUCAAAAUAUAAAAAAUGUAUUGGACACCGUAGACUCUAACAUCCAUAACAGUAAUUUUAGCUUUAUUUCUCCAACAUGACAAUAUUUAGAAGUCAGUUAUUUUGGGGGUAUACACUUCCCGUAAGAGGUACUCCAUAAUGCUGGAAUCACCCUUAAAAGGCUAACCAGGCUAGCACUAGUAUAGGCUACAUCAGACUGGCUUCUUGAAUACAACAAUGUAGAAGAAAGGUCCAAAUUGGACCUAAAUUCUGACCUAACAUGAAGGGGGAAGUAUCAAAUGGUUUGUGUUUACUUCAAUGUUGUUUCCCCCUCUCGUUUCCCUUCUUUAGAGAGAGGACUAUUGUGUCUUGAACUUAGUCAGUAUUACUGGACAUGAGGAAGCCAGUGCCACAAAAAGCUAUUGAAUGGAAAGAUGGCAGGCAGAUCAAGCAUGCCCGAAGUGGCCGUCCCUCCCGGGUCCCAUCGCAGUACCAAGGAGGUCACUUCAGUUGGGACAAAUACCUGAAGGAAACAGGUGCUAGUGCUGCACCUGCGCACUGCUUCAGACAGGGCGCAACACCUCCAGUGAAUGAGUUCAAGGCGGGCAUGAAGCUGGAGGCGCAGGACCCUCGGAAUACAACGUCCACCUGCAUUGCUACGGUGGUGGGCCUGACUGGAUCGCGGCUGCGCCUGCGCCUCGAUGGCUCUGAUAACAAGAACGACUUCUGGCGCCUGGUGGACUCGUCAGAGAUCCAGCCUAUCGGCAACUGCGAGAAGAACGCAGGCAUGCUGCAGCCGCCAUUGGGCUUCCGUCUGAACGCAUCCUCCUGGCCGAUGUUCCUUCUAAAAACACUCAACGGAGCCGAAAUGGCCCCAGCACGCAUCUUUCACAAGCAGGAGCCCCCAGCCCCAGAGCAGAACUCCUUCCAGGUGGGCAUGAAGCUGGAGGCGGUGGACCGCAAGAACCCCCACUUCAUCUGUCCGGCCACGGUGGGAGCUCUGCGUGGCGUGGAGGUGCUGGUCACCUUCGACGGCUGGCGGGGUGCCUUCGACUACUACUGCCGCUACGACUCCCGGGACAUCUUCCCCGUGGGCUGGUGCUCUCUCACCGGGGACAACCUGCAGCCGCCAGGCACCAAAGGUCUGUGCGUGCCUGUGUGUAUGUAUGCAGUGCUACCCAAGACCCUCGGUUGCCUUUCAGACGGUAGCGAGGGAACAGCCAUGCACCCCAUGCCAGGACAGCCGCCUGGCCAACGGGGACGCAAGCCAGGCCGCAGGAAAGCCAAGCUGACAGGGCUCUGGGGCCAGAAGGGGGCCGGAGUAGGAACACAAGCCCCCCUGCCCAGAAAUGGACUGGAGCAUAUCAAGGUCCCCAAGAAGAGAGGCCCCAAACCGGGGAGUAAGUUGGGCUGGGCAAAGAAAGCAGGCUGGCUGGAGGGUGCCAUGGCAGGCCCAGGGCGACCCAUGUCCCGGCCCAGAGGGAGGCUGCCAGCCGACUGGGCCCAGAGGAUGGCCCUGCAGGAGGGUCAAGUGGAGUCUAUCAAGAUCCCCAAAAAGAGAGGGCCCAAGCCCGGCAGCAAGAGAAAACCGCGGGUGGUGCCCAACCCCGUGCCUGUUUCCCCCAACAGCAGUAUGCCAGAGCCAGACACCAGCACGGUGCCCCUGGACAACGCCACCAUCCCCAGCGCCGCCUUGCAUGCUGCAACAGUGUGUGUAUACCUGAACAAGUAUGGGAAAGUGGGACCCCACUUGGAUGGGCGGCGGGUGCAGCAGCUGCCCGACCACUUUGGUCCAGGCCGGGCUUCCUCGGUUCUACAGCAGUGUGUCCAGGCCUGUGUGGACUGUGCCCACAACCAGAGCUCUGUCUUCUCCUGCCUCAAGCCAGGUCACGGAGGAGAGGUCAUAUCAGCCCACUUUGACCAGCAGCACCAUACCCUCACCCUGCCCACGGUCAACAGCGUCACGUACGUCCUGCGCUUCCUGGAGAAACUCUGUCACAACCUCUACUGUGACCCUCUGUUUUGCAGCCAGCCCGUUCCCCAAGGGGGACUGCAUUACGAUAGCCACGCCCACCCAGAAAGGAGAAGUUUUAGGGAGGGCCUCACGACGGGUCCAGGAAGAGGCUCCAAGCGGUUCCUUCAAGACUCCUACUACAGCCCCCUCCCCCACAAGCUGGCCAAAAACCUUUGCCUCUCCUCGGAAGGUGAGCCCUUCCUCAUGGUGAACGGUGUAGGGGGUUCGGGGCACUUAAAAAAGAGCCCCCUGUCCCCGGGCUCGACAGGGCAUCCUCUGGGCCUGCGGUCCCCCACCAAGUUGCUACAUCUCAACUCUUCAGGCUCUGAGCGUUUCAGAGAGAGCCCUCGGCCCAGUGGCCAGGACCCCAACCUGUGGACGGUGAAGGACGUCAUGCAGUUCAUCAGAGACAUAGACCCCCUACUGGCCCCCCACGCAGAUCUCUUCAGAAAACACGAGAUUGAUGGCAAAGCCCUCUUGUUACUACGCAGCGACAUGAUGAUGAAAUACAUGGGCUUGAAGCUCGGGCCUGCCUUAAAACUCACAUUCCACAUCGACAAGCUCAAACAUGGACGCCCAAAUUGAGCUCAUCAGUGUCCAGUCCCCCCCUCCCCUCUAUAGGAUAUAAUGCACGGCAUACUACUGGACUAACCAUCACAUGUCGCAUCCGCCACUAGGCUAUGAUACCUGGUGUUAUAUAUCCCCUCCCUUUCUCUGCCGCAUCUAAGAAGCCCUGUGGCGAACUUCUCUUAUUUACAUUUUAUUUCUGUUGUGUGGCACAAUCCAGCCCUACGGCAGAAUUGGAUAUGCAGACUGACUGACUCGCCCACAGCUCCUCCUCAUCCAUCAUGUUACUUGCCUGUUUUUCUAUUCCAUAUUCUCUUACAACAACCUCUACCAAUGAUGCCCUCCCUGUGUGUAGCCAUUUUUUACUGAAAUGGCCAUUUUAGGCCAGAGUUUGUAUUACAUUGUUUUUGAUCACUUUUUUUGUGCCUUCCCUGGAAAAUAUGGACUUGCAUUAGGCCAUUUUGGCUGUUUUGUAUGAAAUAAGUAUACUGAACAAAAAUAUAAAUGCAACAUGUAAACUGUUGGUCCCAUGUUUCAUGAGCUGAAAUAAAAGAUCACAGAAAUGUUCCAUAAGCACAAAAAGCUAAUUUCUCUCAAAUGUUGUUCACAAAUUUGUUUACGUCCUUGUUAGUGAGAAUUUGUUCAUUUACCAAGGUAAUCCAUCCACUUGACAAGUGUAGCAUAUCAAGGAACAGAUUAAACAGCAUGAUCAUUACACAGGUGCACCUUGUGCUGGGUACAAUAAAAGGCCACUCUAAAAUGUGCUGUUUUGCUACAGAUGUCUCAAGUUUUGGCAUGUUGUCUGCAGGAAUGUCGACCAGAGCUGUUGCCAGAGAAUUGAAUGUCCAUUUCUCUGCCAUACGCCGCCUCCAACGUCAUUUUAGAGAAUUUGGCAGUACUUCCAACCAGCCUCACAACCGCAGACCACGUGUAACCACGCCAGCCCAGGAUCUCCACAUCUGGUUUCUUCACCUGCGGGAUCGUUUGAGACCAGCCACCCGGACAGUUAAUGAAACUGUGGGUUUACUGUGAAUUUCUGCACAAACUGUCAUAAACCGUCUCAGGAAAGCUCAUCUUUGUGCUCAUCGUCCUCACCAGUGUCUUGACCUGACAGCAGUUCGGCGCCGCAUCCGACUUCAGUAGGCAAAUGCUCACCUUCGAUGGCCAGUAGCAUGCUGGAGAAGUGUGCACUUCACAGAUGAAUCCCGGGUGUCAACUGUACCGGGCAGAUGGCAGAUAGCGUGUAUGGUGUCGUGUGCGUGAGCAGUUUGCUGAUGGCAAUGUGAACAGAGUGCCCCAUGGUAGCAGUGGGGUUAUGGCAGGCAUAAGCUACGGACAAAGAGCACAAUUGCAUUUUAUCAUGAUGAGAUCCUGAGGCCCAUUGUCGUGCCAUUCAUCCGCCGGUCAUCACCUCAAGUUUCAGCAUGAUAAUGCACGGCCCAAUGUCGCAAGGAAAUGUACACAGUUCCUGGAAGAUGAAAAUGUCCCAGUUCUUCCAUGGCCUGCAUACUCACCAAACAUUUCACCGAUUGAGCAUGUUUGGGAUGCUCUGGAUUGACGUGUACGACAGCGUGUUCCAGUUCCCACCAAUAUCCAGCAACUUCGCACUGCCAUUGAAGAGUGGGACAACAUUCCACAGACCAUAAUCAACACCCUGAUCAACUCUUUGCGAAAGAGAUGAGGCAAAUGGUGGUCACACCAGAUACUGACUGGUUUUCUGAUCCACGCACUACCUUUAUUUUUAAAGAUAUCUGUGACCAACAUAUGCAUAUCUGUAUUGCCAGACAUGUGAAAUCCAUAGAUUUAUGGCUUUUCUGUAAAUUAACUUUACCUUAGUAAAGUCUUUUAAAUUGUUGCACAUUGCAUUUUAUAUUUUUGUUCAGUGUAAUUAAUUCCAGGGGGGAAAACUAGGUUUCUCCCAGCUGUUUGGGAUUUGUUCUGAAUUUAUUUUUGUUUGGAGGCAUGGUUUUCAAACAGUAUGACACACUACAUUAUCAAAACACAUUAUACUGUGCUGAAGAAAUACUGACAUGAUAAACUGUUGCUUUAUCUUGUUAUGGAUGUUUACAAUGACUGUUGUUAUUUGUACUUUUUUUAUUUUUAUACUAUAUUAUUAGAGUUCAUACAUUGAGAGCUUUAUCAUACUCAUUAAUGUUCAAUAAAGAUAUAAUAACUGUU